AUGUUUCCAAGCUACAAAGUGAAGGUAACUGGGAUGAAUCCCAAGACAAAGUACAUCUUGCUGAUCGAUAUUGUCCCGGCAGACGAUCAUCGAUACAAAUUCUGCGACAACAAGUGGAUGGUGGCAGGAAAAGCUGAACCUGCGAUGCCCGGACGGUUAUAUGUUCACCCUGACUCUCCAGCUACUGGAACUCAUUGGAUGCGUCAACUUGUGUCUUUCCAGAAGCUAAAACUCACCAACAACCACUUAGAUCCCUUCGGACACAUCAUCCUCAAUUCCAUGCACAAAUACCAGCCCAGGUUGCACAUUGUGAAAGCAGACGAAAACAACGCAUUUGGGUCAAAGAACACAGCUUUUUGCACUCACGUGUUCCCAGAAACCUCUUUUAUAUCUGUGACAUCCUACCAAAAUCACAAGAUCACCCAGCUGAAGAUAGAGAAUAACCCGUUUGCCAAAGGCUUUCGAGGGAGCGACGACACUGACCUCCGCGUGGCAAGAUUACAAAGCAAAGAGUAUCCCGUGAUCUCGAAGACCAUCAUGAGGCAGAGGUUGGUCUCCACGCACGGCCAACUCUCCGCAAAAUCGGACCUCAGUCCGCCUCACGGAAGCCACCAAGGUCUCCACCACUACCAGUACGAGAACGGCGCCCACAUGCAAUUCGCCAGCUCAGAUGCUCAGGACCUGCCCCUGAACACCUUCCCAGCACAGAGGGAAUCUGGGCUUUUCUACCACUGUCUGAAACGGAGAGAAGGGGCCCGGCAUCUGGACUUACCCUGCAAACGCUCGUACCUGGAACCAACUUCUUCCCCUGGAGAUGACCCCUACUUUCGGUCGCCACCACCCUACGACCAACAGAUGUUGAGCCCCGCGUACUGCAGUGAUGUGACCCCACGGGAAGCGUGCAUGUACUCCGGCUCUGAAAUUGCAAGCGUGUCGGGGGUGGAAGAUCUGCCUCCUCCCCCACCUCCUCCUCCUCCUCCCCCCCCUCCUCCUCCUCCCCCUCCCCCUCUGAGCUGCAAUAUGUGGACCUCCGUUGCACCUUACACCAGUUACAGCGUUCAGACCAUGGAGACUGUCCCGUACCAGCCUUUCCCCGCUCAUUUCACCGCUACCACCAUGAUGCCACGCCUCCCACCCAUCGCCAGCCAAGGGUCCCAGCCGCCGGGCAACAGCCCUUUCACCGUCUAUAAUCAGCUCUCCCAACCCCGCGAAAGAAUCCCUGGAUCGUCCUUCCCCAGAGAACGGAUGGGCGAGAGGAAGCUCCCGUCGCCCCACUUAAGCGCGGCCAACGAGUUUCUGUACUCCCAGACUUUCUCCUUGUCCAGGGAACCCUCUUUACAGUAUCAUCCAGGAGUGAGCACAGUGGACAACUGGACUGAUGGAUGAUUCCACGUAUCAUCACGAGGAUUCGAUUUGCUGCUCCCGGGCAGUUAAUUCAGUGUGAAUAUCCACGGAUGCCUUGCACAUCCACAUCAUCUAAGCAGACCUGUGUUUCUGUGGGCAUUGGGGACUUUCUGCGCAACGCCAGAGGAACUUUGUUGGGAGGGGUAGUGGGGGUCGGUUCAGUGGAAGAGAUUUGGCUCAGCAACAUGGACCCCGUUCCAGUGAUCCAGUCAGGUAUUUCCCUCUUAGAGAGACGCAUCCCUCACUGAGUUCCUGUCAGGCGCAAAGAAUCAGGACUACAAAUUAAGUUCCAGUUAAACUGAUUUAUUGCUCAUGCCUAUACACCAGAGUCCAGUCAAGUAACGUUUAGUACUAAAUUGGCACUAGAUAAAAGUCAACGGAAUUCAAGAGGG